AUGGAUUUAUGGGUUGUGGCAGCAGCUGCUGGAGCUGGAUACAUGGCUAAAAACAUUCAAAAUCUAUCAUCAGACAAAAAGGAAUAUCCAGCUGGACCUUCUUACAUAUUAGAGAGAAAAAUAGCUCAAGAUGAUUCCAGCAAGUAUUUUCUAGAAGUUUCUCGAUUAGUAAGCAGAAAUAAAGAAAUUUUGAAUUUUUAUGGGGGUGAUAAAAGAGGAGACUUUAAGAGGGUCAAUAGGAAAAAGCUCUCUGUAAGUAAGAAAUGCCGUUUGCUUCUUUCGCCUGGGCCAGUUACCUCUUUAGGAAGGUGCUUAGACGAAAACGAAGAUUUAUAUUCUUCGGUAUCUACUGAUAAACCUUUGUUGGUUACUGAUUUAACCCAAGUGGUAGACGGGCCAAUAGGAAAAGAUGAAUCGAAAAAAGGACCUGGAACAAUGCUUCUGUUCAUUAGUGGAAUGAUUAUCGGUAUACUAUCAGCUACUACAGCUUGGAAAACGGAAGUCGAUAAACUGAAUAAGCAGCUAAAGCAAAUGCAGAAUUUAGUUCUCGGCAUGAAAAACACUCUGCUGGUCAAGGACAUAACAAACGAGUGCUAUUAUUUAUCUGCAGUAAAAGACGAUACGCCCCUGUCAACUAAGGAGCCAAUUGCAUCUCCUUAUGGGAGAGAAGUUAAUAAACCGGAGAAAAAUGAGGGUCUAAAAGCAAACGAUAGAUACACUGAGAAUCUUGAGUUGAUGAGCAAAAUCGAUUCUGAACUUGAAGCUGAAUUGGAGAUGUUAGAAAACAACAUGAGGGCUUCCUCACUGGAGAGAAUUCCUGUUAACCUGGAUUUCAAACCAGAUACUGCUGCCAAUUAUGCAGUUUGUCCAUGGGAGCUAAGGCUCCGGCUGCAUGAGUUGACCGAGUCAAAGCUAAAAAAAGCUGAAACAGAAUCCUCAUCGUGUGCAUGGGACGAGCAUGACGAAGGAGAAAAUGAGUUGUCUGGAAAGUAUUUGUCUGUAAAUUAUGUGAAUUCUUAUGAGGAGUUUAAUGGGGAUUUGCUUGCAUUUACAGAGAGGGAUAAAGAGCACGACAAUGGGGAAAGGUGGACAAUGUAA